AUUUGCAAGACCCCCUCCCCAACUUCUGAUGGCAGAAAUAUUCAACCGCCUGGAUACAACUUCGAAAACUCGAUCAAUUGACACGUCUCCGACCGACAUCCAAUAGAAUGCAUAUACUCGUUGUCAUUGCCCAUCCAAACCAGCAAUCCUUUUCCCAUGCAAUAGCACAAAAGGUUAUCGAUGGAGCCAAAGACAAGGGUCACACGGUCAAGACCCUCGACUUGUACCAAAUCGGGUUCAAUCCAAUCCUUACAAAACGAGAUUUGGAGCAAUUUGAAGGUGUCAAAAUGCCGGAUGACGUCCUGGAGCAUCAACGACUCGUCGAAGAAGCAGAGGGGAUCUUCUUCAUCUUCCCAGUCUGGUGGUACGGAAUGCCGGCCAUGAUGAAAGGGUGGUUGGACAGAGUUUGGUCUGCGGGAUGGGCAUAUCACUGGAAGCAUGAUCCGGAAGGAAGCCUUCUCGACCAUCGACCCUGUACGAUAUUGGCUCUGACGGGGGCAUCAUCGAACCAGCUGAACCGCUGGAGUUACGACAAACAAAUCCAUCAUCUCUGGCGCUACGGCGUGUUCGGUUACUGUGGAUUCGAUCCUCUUCGAAUCACCAUCCUCGAAGAUUGUGCGUUCGACGGGAGUGGCAAACACCGCGGUCAUUUAGAAGCUGCCUUCCGAGCCGGUCAGCAGAUUGGAAGUGAUCCAGAGGCCACUCCUGGAAUUAGGUGCUUCUUGGAUCAUGGACUAGACCAUAAGGGUGAGAAGUUCAUCCCUAGAUAAACUUCGAGUAUAGACAGAACCCUGAGACCAACCUACUGUACCUGCCUAGUCGCACGCUGCCUCUCAGUGUAACCUUCUUCUGGUCUAAUGGUUAUCGACACAAAAAUCGAGACGGGCUCAUCGGGCAUAGGAAGAUUGGACCUAGGUAAUGUCAACGCUCAUUGGCUGACGUGAUAGGACUAUUCCGGAUUUGUUCAGAGUUUACGAACAUCCUUGUCAGAAUCGGGUACGAAGUAAAGCGGAUUCUG